CUCAAUUUCCUUCACAAAUUAUCUUCAACUUUGCAUUCAGAAUCAAAUACAACACAAUGGCCAAUGAAAUGCAGCCCGAGAUUAUCUUAUACGAUCUUGCAUGUAUCAAGAACACAUGCUUCUCUCCCGUCGUUUGGAAGAUCCGCUUGAUGCUCAACUACAAGGGCAUUCCUUAUAAGACCAUAUUCCUUGAGUUCCCUGAUAUUGAGCCAACGCUAAAGGAACUAGGCCUGGACUCCCAUGAUUCCAGCUCAGGCUCUCCCGGUUACACAGUCCCAACAAUCCACCAUGUCCCCACCGGCAAAUACAUCAUGGACUCGCCCGCCAUCGCCGAUUUCCUCGAAUCAACCUACCCUAACCCUCCACUCCCUCUGACUUCUGAGCUCGGUCGCGAGAUUGAAACCAAAGCUCGCGGUGCGGUCGGUCCUGCAUUCCGCAUCUCCGUCACGCCACGCGAAAACCUCAUCCUCUCAUCACGAUCUCAACAGUAUUUUCGCGCCAAGAAUGAAGCUCGAAUGGGAUGUAAGCUGGAAGAUUUGAUGGACCCAGAGAAAGAGGAGAAGACCUGGCAAGGUGUUGCGGAUAAGAUGCGGGAGCUGAGUGAUUUGAUGUUGACGAACAGGGACAAAGGGCCAUUCUUGUUGGGUGAGAAGCCGAGUUACACUGACUUCUUCAUCGCUGCUUCACUCCAAUCAGCAAGGACUAUUGAUGAUGGGAUCUUCCAGCGUUGUGCUGUGUAUCCUGGUUUCAAAGCUAUUUACGAGGCUUGCGUUCCUUGGAUGGAGAAGAAGGACUAAGCUGAGGAGCAGUUGUAGUCUGA